AUGAAAUUCGGUGCAUCUUCUUCAUUCGCUUUGUGCGCCUUUGCUUUGUUCGCUGCUGCUGUCACUGGAGACCAUGGGACCGAGGAUAGUGCUUGCGAGAUGUCUCCGUUACCUGAGAGAUCCCUACCGGAGCAAAAGCCACCAGGAGGAAAGACUGAUAUCGUGUACCCAGUGCCUCGUUCUCGACAGAAGAGUGGGUUUGUGAUGCCAGAUGAAAGCGUCUGUGUUUUGAAAGGCACUUACAUCAAUGGAACGGACGUGUCGCAGUGCAAGACCAUCAUCAUCGACUCGCUGCACGUCCCUGCGGGCGUGAUGCUCAACUUGACCAAUGUCACUGACGGUGCCUACAUUAAAUUUAUCGGCAUCUCGACGUUUGAUCCAGAGAUGUGGGAGGGUCCGCUCAUCAAGCUUACGGGGAACAAUCUCACCGUCACGGGUCCUGGCAUCCUGGACGGUCAAGGUGCAUGGUACUGGCCGUAUGGAAAGAACAUCACGCGGCCCGUGUUCUUCCGCUUGAACCAAGUGGCGAACUCUGUGCUGUCGGGCUUUACUAUCCGGAACAUGCCCUUCCGCACCUUCAGCAUCCUCUCGUCAAACUACACGACGUUGUCGGAUCUCACGAUCGAUUCUCGCGCUGGCAACGGCAUUGCGAAGAACACGGACGGCUUCGACCUUGGAAAGAACGACCACGUGACCAUUACGAGGAACCGCGUGAUCAAUCAGGACGACUGCCUCGCUAUGCAGUCGAGCACGAACACGGUGUUCAGCUUUAACUACUGCAACGGGAGUCACGGGAUCUCCAUUGGCUCGUUGGGCGGUCCGCUGCAGAACAUCAACACGACUGUGGACAACUUGCUGGUCCUGAACAACGUGAUUGAGAACAGCAGUAACGGCCUUCGUAUUAAGACGAUCAUCGACCUCAAAGGGCUCGUCACGAACGUCAGGUAUAUCAACAACAGGCUCGUGAACGUCAAGCACGCUAUUGUUAUCCACUCGGACUACAACAAAACGCGAGGCGGCUACUCGGGCCAACCUACCAGUUUAGUUAAGAUCACUAACAUCACGAUCGACGGACUCUUCGGUUCGGCUCUCAACCUCUACGACAUCAAAGCAAACCCGGACGUUGUCUCGAACUUGAAGUUCACUAACAUCGCUGUCAACGUCACGAAUAUUGGGAACUGUACGGGCGCGCCGAGCAAUGUGCAGUGCUAA